CCAAUGUAUCACUGUUUGUUUCUGGCGGCUGACUAAGCUGGCGUACAGGCGGGUCUUUCUCAAACCACUCCGUCCUGUGUUUGUAUCUCAGCAGCAGAAAGAAGCGCUUCUCAUGAAGAUGUAGCUUCAGGAGUUUCUUUCUAUCCACCACCCAGCUUCGACACAAUAUGGCGUCGAGAAGAACAACAAUAGCACCAAGUGCUUUAAAGGGCAGCGACGCUUUAAGCUCGAAAAGUGGGAACAGUUCUAAUAAAACCAGCAACAGCGGGACUGGGAGGAAAACUGUGAAGUCAAGUGGAACCAUAGUCAAGUCUCGAUAUAUGCAGUCUGCUGAGAAGUCAUCCCUUUCUAAGAGUAACUCGCUGACCAAUGAGUCUAUUGCUGUUCCACCGAGGCCUUCCUCACCUAAACCCAGUGGUGUCAGACCAAAGGUGGGCAUAUCACCAAGGCGCUCAAUGGCACCACAGGCUCUUGCAACAUCGAUCAUGUCGCGUGAAACAGAACCGUCCCUGCUCGGGGAAAGUAUUCUGCAGUCUACUUUCUCAGCUGGGCCCUGCUUUCGACCAGAGUUUGAUAUUUCAGUCAUUAAAGAGAAAACAGUGAUGGAAAAUGCAGCAGAACCCGAGAGAAACCCUGAAGAGGAGAAGAGGGACAUUGAGAUGCAAACAUUACGACUGGCAUACCUCACAGCUAAGAUGGAGAGCAAUACUGCAAAACUCAAGGCGGAGGCAGAGGCACAGAUCCUGCAGAUAAUGGAGGAAGAACAGGCGCUGCAUAAGGACGUCCAUGAGAAGAAGCGCCAGUACCUGCUCGCAGAGAAGAACAGGCUGAUGAAUGAGUUGCUGGAUUUGCAGAUUGCUGCACUGACUCCUGUGGCAGAAGCUGCCCAGCAGUUCACAGAGCACUACAAGUCUUUUGCAACGGCUGUUGACAUCACCCGACAUGAGCUGCCUGUCAAGAACUUCUACAUUGAUGGAGACAGAAGGGAAUUUUUAGAUAAAGCUGUGGUUUGCCUGAAGGAGAGUGAGCAGUUGUUGCUGGGCUGUACAGAGGGAGAUCACAAGGACAACAGCACCUCUCUUGAGUGCCUCAGGAACAUCAAAUUGACAUCAAAAGACAUCAGCCAGCAGCUGUCAGGUGCUUUUUCAGAGCUGCUGGAGCUGUCUUCAUCAGCCUGUCGACAUAAAAUCCUCGUUCAGCAGGCCGUGGAGGAGGAGCAGCUCGGUACUGCAAGAACCCACGAGCUCUACUUUCCCAAACAGUGAAAAGAUGCCACACAACAUUGGAAACAUAGUACAUGCACUUUGAUAACCCCAAUUACCUUUGUGCCAUUUCUGACAUAUUGUGUACUGUCAAAUGUUUUUGUGUGCUCGAAUUUGUAAAUGUAAAUAUGAUGUGCAAAAACAAUGACUGAUGGUGUGUAUAGAUAAAAACAUUGUUAGUAAAUAGAAAGCAAUAUAAAUAAUGAAUUAAACAGUCAACAUGGUCAAAAAA